UUCCAGGAUGUCGCCCUUUCCGGACCGCGCUGCGAGCAUGGAUGGGGUGGCAUUUUCGGGACCUGAGGCAGUGUCGACGUUCGCUCCAGCUUUUAGUAGCUCGGCCACCGUUUCGAUGUUCUGAUUUGCCGCGAGGUGGAGUGGCGUGUGUUGGAAGGAGUUCCGGGUGUUAAUUACACUCGACAAUGACCCGCUGGGCGCUAUAUCUAUCAAUUGCUUCACCACUUUGUGGUGGCCGUGUCCGGCUGCAAGAUGGAGCGGUAGGUUGCCUUCGCUGUCCGCUGGGUGUGGCAUUGCGCCGCGCUGUAUUAGGGCAUCGACAAUUGAUUCCGAGCCGUUUUGCGCUGCGAGGUGCAUCGGACGCCUCAUGCGUGUGCCUUUCGCUUCCACAUUUGCCAUGAAGGAUGUUAAAACACGGACCAGGUCUACAUCACCAUUCAUAACUGCCAAAUGUAAUGCGGUGUGCCCAUCGAGAUCUGCCGCUUCUAUAUCUGCACCUCUCUGAAGCAGGGCUUCAACGAUUGGACGGCUCUUAAGGUCUAUCGCAAGGUGGAGGGGCGUUCUGCCUUCGUCAUCCUUUACCUCAAGGGAAACCCCGAGGCUCAGUAGUCGCAGAACCUCAUGGAGGGAUCCCAUUCCUAUCGCUGAGUGCAAUUCCGUCUUCACAGGCCCAUCAUCCUCAUCAAGCUCUGAAAUAAUGGUGUAGAUAUUCAAAUUUCCAUUCAGUAUUGCCCACUCCAAAGGACUCAUCCCUUCGUUAUCCAAGACGUUGUGAUCCGCUCCUUUCUCGAGAAGAACUGGGGCGAGGUCUGCUAGGCCAUUACGAGCAACCCAGUGAAGAGGAGUGCAUCCGAGCUCGUCGAUCGUAUUGACGCACUUUGCCCGCGAUGCUAUCAUAUCUGCCACGCGGCCAUGCGCAUAUCGUGUUGCCCAGUGCAGGGCGGUAAGUCCAUCCUGCUUCGCGUCAAUUUCAACGUUCGUAUCCAGCAGCAAACGGACAAGGGCCUCCUGGCCUGUCUUUGCUGCCCAUAUCAAAUUAGGGCUUUGGCAGCCAUCGUCCCUGUCAAUCUUGACGGAAAGUAGUUCUGGUUUCGGGGCUU